AUGGCUGCCACAGGAAAUGAACAGCAGCCUGCUGCUGGUGGUAGCUAUAUCAUUGUUCAGAAGUACCGUGCGCUGGCAAAACAUAAAAAAAUCAUGACAAGAAAACAACUCCGCCUGCAGAACAAACAGGUUUUCUACUCAGUAAUGGGCGAGGGCAAACCGGUGGUAUUGGUGCACGGAUUUGCCGAAGACAGCGAUGUAUGGAGGAACCAGUUGGCUGCAUUGGCCCAAAACCACCUGCUGAUUAUACCCGAUCUGCCCGGCAGUGGCGGGUCUGAACUGCAGGAAGACAUGAGCAUUGAAGGAAUGGCGGAAUGUGUAAAGAAUAUACUGGAUUACGAAUUACCCAACCAAAAGGAAGAAAACAGCAUUAUCAUGAUUGGCCACAGCAUGGGUGGCUAUAUAACCCUUGCUUUUGCAGAAAAAUAUGCUGGCCGGUUACAGGGCUUCGGGCUUUUUCAUUCAUCCGCUUUUGCAGACAGCGAAGAAAAGAAAACCGCCCGCCGCAAGAGCAUAGAAUUUAUACAAACGCAUGGUAGCUAUGAAUUUAUAAAACAGUCUGCACCCAACCUUUUUACAGAAGACUACCGUAUUAAAAACGGUGAUAAGGUGGCUGAUAUGAUUGCACGUUAUAGUAAUUUUGACCAGCGGGCCCUGGUGGCUUAUUAUGAGGCCAUGAUACAGCGCCCGGAUCGCACAGCUGUAUUGAAGUCGUUUGGUAAACCUAUCUUAUUCCUUAUUGGUAAAAACGAUAAGGCAAUACCGUUUGAAGACAGCAUGAAGCAAUGCCAUAUACCCCAGCUGGCAACCGUUGAGAUCCUGGCAGCAUCGGCCCAUAUGGGCAUGUGGGAAGAAAAAGAAAAAAGUAACCAGGCCCUGUUGUCUUUCCUGCAGCAAAUACAACAGUUUACCCUGCAUUGA